AUGGGCCAGUCGCAGUCGGAUGAGCAGCCGCGCCGACGCUCCCGCGAGGAUUUGGCGCAUCAUCUUGCGCUUCGAUUCAAAGAUGAAUGCUUCACCUCACUGGAAUUCUAUUCUCUAAAAGAUGUCUUCAAGAGCCUUGCCGACCAACAAGGCUCCGUUCGGUACCUCAAGGAGGACACCAUCGCACGCUUCCUUGAGUUGCCCGAUAUCUUGGGGGCCUCGCCCGUUGUUUUUCAAAUGGUUUCCUACCUUGGUGCAUUUCCCUUUUUGCAAGACGCUCCCGCAGUUCUGGAGCUGCCGCAAAUGGUCAUGGUCAUUGUCAUCAUGACCGAGCGGUACAAGCGUGUGCUGGCGCGAGGAUCGACAGAUUGGACCAAGCUCAUCUUCAAGAGUCUGGCUGUCUACGACCGUAAGGCCUCAGACGCCCAAGUGUCGCAGCCGUCAGAUUCAGCCAAAGAUGAAUCGGCCGCUACUGCUGGCAAUGGCGGCGGGUUUGCCCUCGAUAUUCCUGGCGAGGAUGAGCCGUAUGACGAUGACGAUGACUUGGUUCUCACCGCGUAUGAGUUGCUCGAUAUCAAGGAGGCUGUGAAGCAGGGCAGCGCUCCCGAAUUCCACGGCGCCAUUGUACCGACGGACAACUUUCGAAAAUUGGUCAUGCUAUUGCUAUUAGCGGCGCCCUUGGACGCCCAAGAGAGCUUGUCGCAGUAUUCUGACCGGGUUACCGGCAAGGAACUCGAAGCGCUUCGAUCAACAGCCGAAUGCGUGCUCAUGUCAUUCGUCGAUGUAGAAUCCUCACCCGGCAUCAAGUAUCGUCAAUUUCAGACGAUUAUGCCUGUCCUGUUCCCCAACCUGUUCAACAGUUUCAACGCCCUAUUCGAACACUUUCUCUUUUCCAAAAAUCUCGACUUUUCCAAACAUCAAGAUGCCAACCCGAAUAUGCAGAAACAAUUGGCGCCAAAGCCCGCUCAACCACUCCUCUCUGACAGAGGCGACAUCUUAAACGACCACAUGCUCGCUCAGAUAUCCCUGUUUCUCCCCGGUUCUUCACUCUUUCGCCGCGUACGACGUCUGUAUUCUGGAAAUGAAGCUGGGUUUUCUAUGGGCAGCUUCGAAUCCAAGGUGUUCAAUUGGCGUGCACCCACGAUUCUUCUCGUCAGUGGCACAUUACUAACCGACACGCCACACAGCGGCCAGGAAGCUGCCUUUGCAGAUACUCUGCCAACCAAGCGUUUCCAGAAUGGCAGCGCGUCUUCCCGUGUCACGUACGGAGUGUACGUCCGCGAGCCGUGGAAGCACACGCACAAACAAUGCUUCGGCGACUCUGAAACAGUUCUGUUCCAGCUGUCCCCUGUUCACGACGUAUUUCCGGCAUCGACGAUAAACACCGACUACGUGGCCUUCACAAAACCACCCGGCAACCAACCUUGCGUCUCAUUCGGAUCCCCACACCCGAGGCCAUCCAAAUCCAGCCGCAGAAAUACACACUACUCCAUCGGCGCGGUAUCUCUCCUCUUGAACGACUCCUUCGAAUUCGGUGUCUUUAAUCACGAUUACACCUCUCGCGGAGGCGCAUUUCACACAAGCAUAUCACGGAAAUUCGAUUUCCAAGAUCGGUUUGAGAUUGACCAGCUGGAGGUAUGGGGCUGUGGAGGCGACGAUGAAGCGAAAGCACAGGCCGAUAGAUGGGCAUGGGAGGAAAGAGAGGCUGAGGCCCGAAGGAAGAUAAAUUUGGGGUCGGGCGAUAUUGAGGCCGACAGGGCCUUGUUGGAGAUGGCUGGCUUGGUUGGGGCAAACAGGAGCGGAGGGUCGAUGGGGUGA